AUCGCACAGGCUGUUUUACCAAACCGCCGCAGAGUAUAAUAGUCUAGUUUCUUGUAUUCUGAGGGUUAUUUUCUUUGGUUUUUGUUUUGACAUUAGUGUUUUGUCAUGUCUGGCCGGGGGAAACAGGGCGGUAAGGUACGUGCCAAGGCGAAGACCCGCUCUUCGCGCGCCGGGCUCCAGUUCCCCGUGGGACGUGUGCACCGCCUGCUUCGCAAGGGCAACUACGCCGAGCGGGUCGGGGCCGGCGCUCCGGUGUACCUGGCGGCAGUGCUGGAGUACCUGACGGCCGAGAUCCUGGAGCUGGCGGGCAACGCGGCCCGCGACAACAAGAAGACGCGUAUCAUUCCGCGUCAUUUGCAGCUGGCUAUCCGCAACGACGAGGAGCUCAACAAGCUGCUGGGCAAAGUCACCAUCGCUCAGGGCGGCGUCCUGCCCAACAUCCAGGCUGUACUGCUGCCCAAGAAGACCGAGAGCCACCACAAGGCCAAGGGCAAGUGAACCAAUCCCAAUAUCAGAAAAUUUCAAAAUCAAAGAUGGCGUCCGGCGGUCCUGGGACUGGCUCUGGUGGUGCUUGAGGUUAUCGCACUGUGAUCUCCUUUCUGGAAUGAAAAAUGUUCACAGAGGAAGGGAGUGUUUUCUCGGAGAAAUAAACACCAGGUGCAUAGUACAAUUCUAACUAGAAAAUAAUCAGUUUCAAAGUGAAAUUAAGCAAGAAAGAAAAGAUCUCUGAGAGACUGGCUGACUGGGCUAAAAGAAGAGUUAAACAUGAUGGCGGCUAUCUUAACUAAUUUCUGCUGUAACAAACUGAAGCAAAAUCCCAUUUGGCCACCAUAGGAAAGUCAAUCAUUUGUUGCGCACUGUUUGCUGGUCGUCCCCGGCCCGUCGCUUUCCCCGUGGUUUCCCAGUGGAGAUAGGAAGUGGCAGCCCAGGGGAAUCUAAGUUCAGUUCAGAAAAAGUAACCACGGAGGAAAAAGAAUACAAGUAAAUCUGUUCUUAAAGCGUAGUCCUCGGAAUUCUAGGCCCCAUUACAUAGAUUUGAAUCAGAAUUGGCAUCGUCCACGAUCCCCAAGUGGUUCCUUACUUAUAAUGUGAGAUGCGCUGAAGUAGAACAUUAGAAAAUUAGUUCCUUUGGGUCGCAGAGUAUAACAAAAAGAGGGAUUGAAAUGUGGAGUAUUUCAUCCAAUCAGAGUCUCUAGUUCUUCACCAAUCACUGCGUUGACUCUUCAGCCAAUGGUUUUGUUUCGCGGGGCUUUUGAAAUAGCGCAAGGCCAAUCGGAACGUUUCUGAGUAUAUAUAAAGGGGACCUCUUCCUGCUUAUUUGCCUACUUGGUUUCAUUUUUGUUUG